GAGGAGGGGGUAGAGGAAAACUAUCAAUUUCGCAGGGCUCUCCUUCCCCCGCUGCCGUUCUGGUCCGAGCUAACUUCUGAAGGACGCCGCCGCGAUCACUGAUCUGAGCCAAACCCUCCGAGACAAUGCAGACCGUCGCGGUGUUCGUGGCCCUCCUGGGCCUGUCCGCGGUGAGCGUCUCGAACGCCUCCAAGUACAGCCCAGGCACGUGCCACUGCGACUGCUGUGCGCCGGUGGACGGGGGCGAGAAGGAGUGCACCGCUCCCGUGGGCUCGCUCCACAGCCAGACCAAGACCGACGUGUGCCUCGCGGUGUUCUGCACGGAGGGCGACACGCUGGGGGCACAGAAGCAGGCGUUCAGCAACUUCUGCAGCUCCAAGUGCUUCCCGGACACCGCGGUCCCGACCACCUGCCGCCCGAAGGACUGCACGGACCAAGGCGUGAACGUGCACUGCGAGUGAGCGCGCCAGCGCUUGUUCCCGGUCGGACUUACACAGGUGCGAGAAAUGGACGCUUCUGCGGAAGGCCCGGUGACGCGGGUCCCACAUGAUUGCAUUGGGUUGCAAGUCCUUAGAGGUGUCAUUCAUAACUGGCCCCGCCAUGACAUGGCCGCGGUCGAAAACAGUUUUUUUC